AAGGAGAUGAUGAAGGGAAGUGCCGCCUAGCCGACGAUUACGGGAGCCUCUGUGGGACUCCUUUCCUUCUCUUCCCUUCUAGGCGUCUACCACCUCUCUGUGUUUUAUUUCCUUUUACUUCCAUAGUAGAAACAGUCGUGGUUGUUUCUCAUCUGUGCUCAUCAAUGGCUUCAUCUCGCGAGGGACACUACAGGGGAGUUCGGAAGAGGCCAUGGGGAAGGUACGCUGCUGAAAUCAGGGAUCCUUGGAAGAAAACUAGGGUUUGGCUCGGCACUUUUGAUACUCCAGAGGAAGCUGCUCUUGCCUACGAUACUGCUGCAAGAUCACUCAGGGGUGCCAAAGCUAAGACCAAUUUCCCUUCUCCACUGACUGCCUUCUCCUUCGACCUCAACCUCCCCUCUUCUGAUCAUCAUCGCUGGCCUACUUCUUCUUCUUCCACCUUCUCUUCCUCUUCUCGUGCUGCUGGUUUUGUUCUCGGAGAACUCUUCCAAACUCGCCUUCUCAGGGAGAUGAACUGCCGUGAAGACGACCUUAUGCCCAGAGAUGCAUCGGUAUCCGUAUCCGUAACCGCCCCUGUUCAUCAACCACCGCCUCCUGAACCGGCCCCCACUCAUCUUCCUCCUUUCAGUGGGACGGUGAGGCGUGGUCUCUCCAUCGAUCUGAACGAACCCCCUCCCGCUACGAUUCCCUCCUCAUUCUGGUUCUCAUGAGUGAUUGAUUCAUCAUCGUUGGAAGUUUCAGAGACCUUCGUCUCUUUUUUUUUUUUUUUUUUUUUUCUUUUCAAAAAAUAGAAUCACUCACUGUAAAUAUCUUGUAGUUUCAAGUUAUCAUUUUAAUGAAAUAUGAUUUCUAUGCCAA